ACAAGACGGAAAUGACGCUGAGCGACAGUUUAUAAAGCAGCAGAAGAAGAAGAUGACCACGGCUGCUCUGACUGCAGGUCUGGACCGGAUCCCUGACCAGCUGGGAUACCUGGUCAUCAGUGAGGACGGAGUCCUGGCCUCUGCAGGUGAGCUGGAGAACGACGAACACACGGCAGGUGUGAUGAUGCAGAUGGUUCGAACAGCGAGUCGGUUCAGGUUACCAGGAUCAGCUGAGCCGCCUUUCAAACGCAUGUCAGUGAUCCUGGAGGACUUUGUUUACACGGUGACGGUUUCUGGUCAGAAGGUAUUCGUGGUGAAACGUCAGAACAACCAGCAGGAGCCAAUCAGCGUGUAGAGACGAGGUCAGAGGUCAUCGGAGCGAGCGUCGACUGUUUGUUUAAUAAAGUUUUAUAUGUUUGAAUGAUGAAAUAAAAUAACGAACCUAC